UCUGGGAGACCGGAUAUAGUGAAUCAGGGUCUGGGGAGACCAGAUAUAGUGAAUGCAGGUCCGGGGAGACCAGAUAUAGUGAAUACAGGGUUGGGGAGACCAGAUAUAGUGAAUGCAGUGUUCUGGGGAGGACCAGAUAUAGUGAAUGCAGGGUCCGGGGAGACCAGAUAUAGUGAAUGCAGGGUCCAAGGAGACCAGAUAUAGUGAAUGCAGGGUUGGGGAGACCGGAUAUAGUGAAUGCAGGGGUCCGGGGAGACCGGACUAGUGAAUGCAGGGUCCUGGGGAGACCAGAUAUAGUGAAUGCAGGGUCCGGGGAGACCAGAUAUAGUGUGCUCCGGAGAGACCAGAUAUAUGUGAAUGCAGGGUCCUGGG